CAGUUUAAGUUAAUUCUUUGAAGGUUUUGUAAGUUCGAGGAUAUUCUUUUGUGAAGAACAAGGAAAGUGUUCUUCGUGUCCCAACAUAGUUUUGAUUUGAUUCAUUUCUUUAUUUCUAAGGUGGUUCUUUGAACAAAAAUACUAAAUGGGUUUCUAUAAAAGCUCAAGUACACAUGCUAAAAGUGGAGAUUUUUUAGAAGGGGUGUUGAGUGAUUAUGUAGGAGGAAAAGGGAAGGUGAAAACUCAUAAGAGUACUUCGACUCGACUUGUAACGACACUUACUUGCUUACAGUUUGCUUUUGCUGUGUAUGCAACCUUUCUUUUGUAUUACAUGAGCCCAUCAGUUGAUCUACGCUCUAAACCAGACUUUUCGUGGGCUACGCAAAUCGCAAAACAAUGGAAAGACUAUAUAAUCCAACCCCAUAUUGUGAGCCACUAUCAAGAAGUAUCUAACUUGCUAGCAAUGGAAAUGCAACCAAUUGCUCCUUCGGAGGUUUGUGAGCACGAAAAGAUCGAUUUCAUGCAAAAAAAGUCGAAUGAUCUUCAAAUGAUCAAGCUAAAGAGAGAGCUUUAUGACGAGGUUUUGGAGUUUCAGAGCAAGAAUUUAGGCACUGAAACUCUUUCCGAACUGAUGGCAAUGCCGUCUAAAUGGGAUUUAAAGGGUCCUAAUAGAGCAAAAGUUACGGUCAUAUUAAACCAUUUCAAAAGAAAAACACUUUGUGCACAGCUAGAUUCUUUGCUUCAUCAAACUCUUCCGUUUCAUCAUGUUUGGGUACUUGCAUUUGGGAGCCCAAAUGAGCUUUCCCUACGAAGAAUUGUGCAAAGCUAUAAUGAUAGUAGGAUUAGUUUUGUUGGGUCUAAUUAUGAUUUUAAAUACUAUGGAAGGUUCCAAAUGGCUUUACAAACUGAAGCUGAUCUUGUGUAUAUUGUGGAUGAUGAUAUGAUACCAGGGAAGAAAAUGCUUCAGAUUUUAUCUCAUGUUGCAGGCACAGAAAAGUACAAGAACUCUGUUCUAGGAAGCAUAGGGAGGAUUCUACCUUUCAGACAGAAGGAUUUUACCUUCCCCAGCUAUAGGAAGUUCCGGUCCAAGGAGGCAGGUUUGUAUUUACCUGAUCCCGCCUAUGAUAUCCUUGUCGAAAAGGUGGUGCAGGUCGACUUUCUCUCGAGCUCAUGGUUCUUGUCCGCGGAGCUUGUUAAGACUCUUUUCAUCGAGAAUCCAAUGACUUUUAUGACGGGUGAAGAUCUUCACCUAAGUUAUCAGCUUCAGAAGUACCGAAAUGCUGGAUCCUUUGUGCUUCCAGUUGACCCGAGUGACAAGGAAACGUGGGGGGAUAGUGAACAUCGGCUUGCCUAUGUAUCCGAAACCACAGUAAUUUUCAAAGAUAUUGUCCAAGUAAGAGAUGAUCAGUGGUGGAGAGCCCUUUCAAGUGGUUAUGUAACACAAUGGGCUGCAAUGUAUCCUCAAAAGAUUGAUGCACUCUUUUAUGCUCACUCCAUCGACGAAGUGAAGGUCCUCGCUCCUCUUCUCGAAAAGUUUAGGUCUACUGUUGGUAAGAAGGCUUAUAUUGUCGUCUCUGGGGGGCAGUUCUGUCCUUGUGAAGACGCUGCCACGGCUUUGAAUUGGCCCAAGUCUGUUUGUAAAGAGAGAAGGUUUAAGAUAUUUGACCUGGGUGUUGGUGCACUUUCGGGUGUAUCGAAUUCAGAAGUGCCUGUAGUGCAGAGUGUUUAUGCUAGCAUGAAAGGCCUGAUGAAAAUGCAUAAUCCUAGUGUAUUAAUAGCUGUAAACGACAUCGAUUCUGAUGUGCGAAAGGCUUUGAAAAUGGCGUCCGAGAAUAGUAAAAACAGCUCUGGUUUGGUUCUUUUACCUAGAGAAUCUGUGCCUAAGGUUCUUUGGAUGUCUGAUUUGAGAUCUACAGCUUUGCCAAAUUGGAACAUGAUGAGAAUUUCCGUCAAUAUUAUAACCCAAAACCGGGUUGGCUCUCUCAAGAGACUUCUCAAGUCGCUCAGCAACGCCUAUUACUUAGGCGAUGACAUUCCUAUCUCUUUCAACGUAGACAGCAAAGUCGACGAGCCAACGAUAAAGCUACUAGGCACAUUCGAAUGGCCACACGGGACAAAAACCAUAAGGAGAAGAAUCAUUCAAGGAGGACUAAUUCGUGCAGUGAGUGAGAGUUGGUAUCCAGCUUCAGACGAUGAUUUCGGUCUCCUACUCGAAGAUGAUAUCGAAGUGUCUCCUUACUACUAUCUAUGGAUCAAAUAUGCCCUCUUAGCUUAUCAUUACGAUCCACAAAUAUCGCUUCCUGAGCUGUCCUCGAUUUCUCUUUACACACCUCGUUUGGUUGAAGUUGUGAAAGAAAGACCCAAGUGGAAUGCAACCCAAUUCUUCUCGCGCAUUCAUCCAAACACGCCUUAUCUCCAUCAACUUCCCUGCAGUUGGGGAGCCGUUUUCUUCCCUAAGCAUUGGAGAGAGUUUUACGUGUAUAUGAAUAUGCGGUUUACUGAGGACGCCAAGCAAAACCCAGUUCAGAUUCCUAGGUCCCGAACCAAUGGAUGGCAAGCUUCAUGGAAAAAGUUCCUUAUCGAUAUGAUGUAUUUACGAGGCUAUGUAAGUCUUUACCCGAACUUCCCUAAUCAAGCUAGCUUCUCGACUAAUCAUAUGGAGCCUGGCGCACACAUUAGUGCUAAGGACAAUGUCGUCAGGCACGACAAGGGAGAUUUCGAGGUACCUCUUUUGGCAGAGGAUUUCCGAAACUAUUUGCCUAAUGGUAAGUUGCCUUCGGCUUCUCGAUUGCCCUCGCUUAAUCUAUUCAAUCAGCCGGUUUCGCUUAAGGGCUUAAAGGCAGCUGGGGCUAAGUUGAGAAUGGAUGUGAUAAACUGUACUGCACUGGAGAUUGUAACUGUGCAUCAUGACACAGGCCUGCCUAAUCGGUGUGCCAAGUUUUAAGUAUUUACUUGUCAAAAGAGAAUCGGGGCGUGUCCCAUUUGGACCAUGUACUGCUUUACCCCAGAGGAAAUCGGGUUCGAUUCUUGUUGUAACCCUUCACUUUUCUGAGCCUACCCGAUACCCCAAAAAAGUAUUUAAUUAUAAAAAGCUAAUGUCCAACCCAAAAGAUAGGAUAGACCACUUGAUUUUGACUCAUUUGUAAUAGUUCUUGUUCUUUAGUUUUUUCCUCAUCAAAAAUAGAGGGGACUAAUAUUCAACUUUAAGCAUUCAAAAAUUUGUUUAAUUGGAUUGUAUAUUUGUAAUCAAAGCCAAACAUUUACAUUAUUUAAUAAGGAGAACCCUUUGAAAAUUUUCA